CCAGGCAGAAUGUCAACUUCCAACAUUAGUGAUGACAGUCUCCCAACCACUCUCUUCUUGACUGGGAUCCCAGGGCUGGAGUGGGCCCACAUCUGGAUUGCCAUCCCCUUUUGUGUCAUGUAUUUGGUAGCACUGGCUGGGAAUGCUGUCCUCAUCUUGGUUAUUGCCAUGGACAAUGUACUUCAUGCACCCAUGUACCUUUUCCUUUGCCUUCUCUCACUCUCUGAUCUGGCUCUCAGCUCCACCACUGUGCCCAAAAUGCUGGCCAUCCUGUGGCUCCAGGCUGGUGAAAUUUCCUUUGGUGGCUGCCUGGCGCAGAUGUUUUGUGUCCACUCUAUCUAUGCUUUGGAGUCAUCAAUCCUUCUUGCCAUGGCCUUUGAUCGAUAUGUGGCCAUCUGCAACCCACUGAGAUACACAGUCAUCCUCAACCAUACAGUCAUAGGCAAAAUUGGCCUUGUUGGGAUAUUCCGUAGUGUGGCCAUUGUUUCCCCCUUCAUCUUUUUAUUGAGGAGACUGCCCUACUGUCAGCACCAUGUCAUGGCACACACAUACUGUGAGCACAUGGGCAUUGCUCGACUGGCCUGUGCCAACAUCACUGUCAAUAUCAUCUAUGGGCUGACUGUGGCGCUGCUGGCCAUGGGUCUGGAUUCUAUUCUCAUUACUAUCUCCUACGGUUUUAUCCUUCGUGCUGUCUUUCGUCUUCCUUCACGUGAUGCCCAGCACAAGGCUCUGAGUACCUGUGGCUCCCACCUUGGGGUCAUUCUGGUCUUCUACAUUCCUGCCUUUUUCUCCUUCCUCACCCACCGUUUUGGCCAACACCGAGUCCCCAAGCAUGUGCACAUCUUUCUGGCUAAUCUUUAUGUGCUGGUACCUCCUGUGCUCAACCCAGUCAUCUAUGGGGCUCGGACCAAGGAGAUUCAGAGUCGACUUCUAAGACUACUUCGCAUAAAGAUUUCAACAUGA